CAGUGUACUGAAUUCAGUACACUGGGUGUGCCCUGGCUCUGCACCUUGCACAUAUCCAAGUCACAGGUAGGGCUACAAACGUCACGAUACUACUAACAUCCGCACUAGAAGAAUUGGAGGAGGGAUAGUGGGGCACUGCAAAGGGAGUCAAGUGUGCAGUAGUGAAGUACAGGUACAGCUGGUCAUGUCGAAAGAAGCGUGCACCAAGCCAAGCACCAACAAGAAGGUCCACUUUGAAAAGGACGAGAAGGAAGAAAGGAUUGUGGACAUCUACGUCAGCACAGACAACCUGACAAUUUAUGAUAACCCAUGGGUGGAGAUGGCUGUACCCGCCAACCUGAAGGGAACUACAGAAACUCCACCACGUCCAGCACCAGCGGUCGGUGUAAGUUCAGAAAAGGGGAACCGUUUCAAAGCCACUGCAGGAUGCUUGGGGCUGCUGUGUCUGCUCUUGCUGCUUGGAAUCAUAAGCCUGGGGGUCCUGGUUGGCAAAUACAAGACUGCCUGGACCAGUUCCAGCAAGCUGACCCAGGAGACCGACCAGAUUCAGGACCGUUUCAACAAGCUGCAGAAGGCCUUCGCCUCCCUGCGUGAUGAGAGAGACGAGCUAAAAGCCGCCAACGCCAAGCUCAUCCGGGAAACAGAGGAGACAUGCUGCUCUGAUGGGUGGCAGUGGUUUAGGGGCAGUUGUUACUUCAUCUCGAAGACAAAAAGAACCUGGUGGAGCAGUAAGGAUUGUUGUGAAAGAAACGACGCAGACCUGGUGACCAUAACAAGCCAGGAAGAGCAGGAUUUCAUCUCUGAAAAAGUCAGCCAAGAGGGAGCCUGGGUCAGAUGGAGACGUGAAGAAGAGGGGAAACGGGUGGAUGAAACCCCACUGGACACAGAACUGGAUGAUCCGACCGAGCAUGACAACAGAGUGGCAAGCAAGAGAAAACUGUAUGUUCAUAGUGAACUCGCCUGAGGCUGAACAUCAACUGAACAAGGGUUUCUGUAAGGAACAACGAAUCUUUAUCUGUGAGAAAAGAGCGACCUUUCCAUUUAAUUAUGCCUUGUGACUGUAAAGCGAUGGCUAAUAUCCAUGUUUUAA